AUGACACGUAAAGCAAGGGCCACGGAAAGGGGGAAUAUUAUAAAGACUGGUGGUGGACCAUCAGAUCUCCCACCUACCUCACAGCAAGGCGCCAUAAUAAGUAUGGUAGAAGAGAGAUGGGACUGUCUAGAUCUAGAGGAUUUUGAGGCAAAACUGGAAAACGGUCAAACAAAUACUGUAGAACCAGAUGUUACCUUGGAACAGAACAUAGAAUGUGAAGAUGUUAUAGAGUUGCACACAGCAACCUCUAAAAGCAGCAAUUAUGAACUUGCAGAGAAACGCAAACCAUUGGAUUAUAUUCGAAAAGAAGGAGUUCAACGCUUAAAACACUUUGAAAUAAAGAAGAAAAUUGAACUCCAAAUAUUAAAAGCAAAUGUUCGUACUUGUUAG